CUGUGGACCGCCCGCCACAGCCUGCACGCGAGUACCGAACACGUACGGUGCCCUGCCUCCUGCCACGCAACUAGCUUUCUUUCACUCGAGUACUUUCAGGGACCACAGACGUUAUGGCACCGUAUUUGGAGAGCAUCAAGUCAUUUGCAGAUGUUUCUGUGACCGACGCUGGCGUCGAUACUGUUCAAUUCCUGCAGGCCGCGGAGGGCGUGGUCGGACUAUUUGGUAUGCUCGCGCUGUUUCCAGCAGAUAUGACGAUCAGCUCAAACUCCGCAGAUCUCUUGGGAUCGGCCGCUUUCACCACUGUGCAGAGUGACCUCAAGGGUAACAUCGCCAAAGUUCGCGCUCGGUACGACGCAAACCCUACGCUGUCUACGACCCUGGAGCUCCUAGUGGAGAAUGAGAAGGGCGAGAAGAAGCGCACGGCCACGGAGGGUCUGAUGUGGUUGCUGCGUGGUCUUAGCUUCACAUGCAAGGCACUGCAGAACGCGCAGGCAAACUCGUCCGAGGAACUGUCGGUCGCUUUCACCAAGGCGUACGACGGGACCCUGAAGAAGUUCCACAACUUCAUGGUCAAGGGCAUUUUCGCCGUUGCAAUGAAGGCGUGCCCCUAUCGUGCAGACUUCUACACCAAAUUGGCCUCGGAUCCUGCGGGAGGCCCUGCGGUUCCGACCGAGCGAUUGAACGAAGAGCUCAAUAAGUGGCUGGCUGCGCUCGACUCAAUUGUGAAGAGAGUGGAGGCUUUCUACGAGAAGGGAGGGCACAACAAGGGCUUCUGAUAGUCGUAAACGAGCUAUAGGUGUGAACUUGCUCUGCCGAUCUAUUAGGUGCGCUGUAUGUACAGUCACCAGUGAUACCAUGU